AUGAGGGAGAACAACAAAUCUUUAAUAACAGAGUUCAUCCUGGUGGGAUUCACAGAUCAACAAAACCUGAAGACCCUCUUGUUCCUGGUGUUCUUUGCCAUCUAUUUGAUCACCAUGGUGGGGAAUCUCGGGCUGGUGGUCUUGAUCUACAUGGAACGCCGUCUUCACACACCCAUGUACAUCUUUUUGGGCAACCUGGCCCUCAUGGAUUCCUGCUGCUCCUGUGCCAUCACGCCCAAGAUGCUACAGAACUUCUUUUCUGUGGACAGAAAGAUGUCUCUUUAUGAAUGCAUGGCACAGUUCUAUUUUUUUAGUCUUGCUGAAACUGCAGAUUGCUUUUUUCUGGCAACAAUGGCCUAUGACCGCUAUGUGGCCAUAUGCAAUCCACUACAGUACCAUACUAUGAUGUCCAAGAAAAUAUGCCUUCAGAUGAUCACAGGAACCUACAUAGCAGGAAACCUUCAUACCUUAAUAAGGAGAAACUAUAUUUUAGAG